AUUAUAUCCCGAAUUGACUUCGCCAAUCUUCAUCGAUAAGACAAGACGUUUUUCGAUUUCAAAAAAACAUGGUACACUUGAGAUUCUUCAUCAAACGAUUUAUAAUCUGUUUGGGGUUGGCGUUUCUGCUUUACAAUUUAAAAUUUCGCUCAUUAUAUUUCUCAAUUCAAUCAUUAUUACAGACGGAAACAAACCUAGCUGAAUCACAAACGCAUUUGAACCCAAUCGGAGAGAACUCGAAAGAACUAGUUACAAAAUCAGAGUCACAACCAGAAGUUAACCAGUCCUGUGGAUUUGGUAGAAGAGCGUUCAUUGACCACAACGCUGCACUCGAUAUUCUGCGACGGACAGCGAAAGAGAAAUGCACAGUAAGGAACGUAGCUUUAGUCAAAACCCACAAGUGUGCGAGUGACAUGAUGGCGACUAUUUUGAUGCGACAUGCAGACACACACUCGUUGGAAAUGCUUCUGCCCCAGAAAAGAGCCUCCGUUAUUGGCUACUUUUUCAAGAGAAAUACGUUCACCGAUGAGCUUCCUUCAAGACGUCGAGACAACAAAUUUCAGCUGAUGACUCUGCACACCUUUUUCAACUACCCCUUCUGGGCUCUACUAAUGCAACCGCCCACAGCCCUAGUUGGGAUGAUCAGACACCCAUUCGACCAGUUCUCCUCCUUCUUCGACUUCUUCCACGUCGGCAGAUCCCUUCAGACAGCCUUUCCCUUCUUAGACUCCCACUCCACUUUCGACUUCUUUCUCAACUACUCCACUCAGCUGCUGGAUGGAAACUUGAGAAACAGGUGGCGAAAUCUGGAAAUUUACAAAAUCGGUCUCAGAGAUGCCAUUUUAUUUGACUAUGGUGCCUAUUUCACCACCAACAGAACACAGUUAGCUCAUGAAGUAGUGAACAAUUUCUCAGUCAUAAUGCACCAGGAAAAGUUCGACGAAAGUUUAGUUCUUCUCAAAACUGUUCUCAACUGGGAUUACAAAGAUAUUCUAUACCUUCGCAGUAACAACAACCAGGCAAAAUUAAAAACCGCAGACGAAAAUAAUAAAACGUCUUCUGAAUACCAGCGACGAUUGAAGCUGCAUAAAAAACUUUCACCUCAUGAUUACAUUUUACACGAAUUGAGCUUAGAAAAAUUCAAUCAUCAAAUUUCUCUCAUCGAAAACUUCGACAAACAGGUGCAAGAACUGAAGAACGUGAACAAUCAGAUCGGAAAAUGGUGCACUGAGAAACUUAAACAGCAUCCAAUAUUUUACGAUGGACAAUUUCCAAAAUUGGUUCGUUUCAAAAAGGCAGUUCAACUCGGUCAACAUUUACCUGCAAAUGUCAAUUUUACCACUGAAUUCUCACAUGAACUUAUAUCAAUUAACGAAGAAGAUUGUUUCAAAAUGCAGCUUUCUAUGUUAGAUUUUGUGGAAUAUCAUCAAAAGAAAUAUCAUAGAGAAAUUUGAAUGCCGAUUCUUCAAUCAAUCUGUACACGCUCAAAGCAGGCGAAGUGCUAA